CUUCAAUCAACAACUUCCUUCCCCCCCCCUCUCUACCUAUCAAUCACCUCUGUUUUGUUCAUCUCCUCUCAAUCCAUCUUGAGCAUCAUCUCUCGCUUAAACUUCCACCUGUACCGGCUGACCCUCGAUAUUCGCGGACCGAUUGAUUCCCCCUCUCUCUGGUCUCUCCGUCGGCCCCGGAACCACAGCUGAAAGUCUGGGGAAGCUGGUGAACACGCCUCAUUGACCAUCCCUGGUUCUGUCUGUUUCUUUGAGCGAUUAUUCAUUUCUUUCCCUUUCGUUCUCUUUCAAUUCCUCUGGUGGCCUCUUCCCCUGGGAAUCUCCAUGAGGGUGUUGCGCUCAGGUCGAGGCGCAAUCCUGCUCUGAUGAGGCACACGCUCACCCACCCUUGAGCCUUGCUAAUUUUACACCAUGUCGGACUCUGUGGAUCGAGUCUUUGUCCAUGCCCUCAACACCGUCAAACGCAUCCCUCGAACCGGCACCGUGCGCCCGCCUGCCUCGGAACGGCUGAAACUCUAUGGAUUAUAUAAACAGAGCAUGGAGGGUGAUGUCGAAGGGGUCAUGGAUCGGCCGGUAGGGAAUACCGCCGAUGUUUAUAUGGAGUGUGAGAAAUGGGAUGCUUGGUUCGCACAACGCGGUCUAUCCCGCACAGAAGCCAAACGUCGCUACAUCUCGACCCUAAUCGAGACCAUGCACAAUUACGCCUCGCAAACUGCCGAGGCCCGCGAGCUCGUCUCUGAACUCGAGUUCGUCUGGGACCAAGUUAGAUCUAACAUGUCGUCGUCAUCGCCAUCGUCCGCCGCCUCUGCGCGCAGCCCUGCCCGGUCAACGGGGUUUCCUCUGCUGCCGCAAUCGCUGCCGUCGUACGGGAGUAUCGGCGUGCAAAGCGCGCAGCAUCCGGAGUACCAGCAUACUGCUUUGUCUCCGAGGGGGGAUUCGCGCCUUCGUGUUCUGAGCCCUGUUAGCCAACCAGAUGACAUCUACCAGCGACGCGCGGCGCGGAUGGACUACGAGCGCGCACAAGGGAUAGACCGGCACCCGGAUGAUGGUGUUGUUGUUGUUGUUGUUGAUGAUGACGAUGACGAUGGCGAUGACGAUGUGGAUCAUGACGAAGAGGACAACCUGGAAAUCGACGAAGACGAAGAAGACGAAGAGUACGCUGAGGCCCAGGCGAAUCUCUAUGAAGACGAGGAGCACGAGGAGCACGACCCCUACGACGACCCUAAUGCGGGUGGUGAUGGGGGCGGCGUCCUCGACGACGACGACACCGAGCACGAGCACACACACCAUAUCUCACACCACAGCAGUCGGAAACGCAACCGCAACCGCAACCACUACGGUAAUGACCACCACAAUCCAGACCUAGACCCAUACCCCGCAGAGGAAGAUUCUAGGGCUCUUCUACCCACCAAUUAUACCUAUGGAGGAGGCAUGCUAAUGCAGCAGACAAAAGACGACGUCGAUAGCCGGCGAUGGCGCCGCAGAGUGGAGCAGGCCUUGACCAAGAUGACCGCCGAGAUUGCCGCUGCCCGCGAACAGAUGGAAGCCCGCGCACUCGCCCACCGCCGCCGCUCCGGUGUCUGGGCUUGGCUACGAUGGCUGGUCUGGGUGACGCUCCGGCAGAUCGUCUGGGACCUGGCUGUCCUCGGGAUGCUACUGAUCUGGAUGCGACUGCGUCGCGAUCCACGGCUCGAGGAGAAGCUCAGGGCCGGCUGGUCAGUCGUGAAGGCCCGAUUGUUGAGUUUAAAGGCUCUUCGUCGGGCUCACACAGUCCAUGUAUCUCCUUGAAAUUCUUCCGCCUCCCCUUCCUUCUCUGUUUCUUUUGUUUUAUCAACUUUUUUUUACACUAACUCUAACCUACCCAUCCUACUUGGUAUUUCCUUGGUGUAAGUGUAUUCCAUUCAAGUACAUAUUAAACCCUACGGUUCCCGUCUCUCUUUUCUUUCUGCAGUUUCUGUCGUUUCAACUGUUUUCCGGUCUGUCUGGUUCUAUAACCAUGCAUUUGAACGCGCAGGAGAAUCUAUUAGAUGUUCAAAGAUACUCUGGUUCUGCUUUCUUGUCAGAGGUGUUGGAUAGAGGGAUAUGUAUUCUAGUAUAGAUGAAGCCAUGCAUAUGAAAUCUUAAGCCUGAUUAACUAUGUUUUCUCUCCCUCCCUCUCUCUCUCUCUCGUUUUCUUUCUCGUUUUUUUUUUUUUCCCAUUUUCUUCAGCU